AUGAAAAAAAAUUCUAGUUUUAAUUUAGUUGAUUAUGAAGAUUCAGCUUUUGAUUUUGAAAUCUCAACUAUCAUUCCUAUAAACAGUAAAGGAAAUUCGAUUCAAAUAAACAAUAUAACAAUAUGUUUAACAUCAGAUACUUUUCAAUCAUUUCAAUAUUUUAUGGAUGAUCUACUUCUGGGUGCAAGUAUUGGUGCAACAGUAUUUAAUAUUCUUGUUCUUGUCGUUGCUUUAAAAUUAUUUAAACGUUCUGGUGAUACAAUGCAUCUAUUUAUUAUAAAUAUGACAUUGGGUGAUUUUUUAUUAACUAUCUUUUGUCAUCCAAAUGAAUUUUUAUCAAGGAAACAUGAUAAAUUGAAAAUAAAAAUUCUUUGUACAAUAAUACAUUAUUUUAAUUGGACAGGAUUAGCUGUAAGUGGUUUAUCAUUGACAAUGUUAAAUAUAGACAAAUUAAUAUAUUUUAAAUGGCCUCUGGCAUAUGAUACAACAAUGUCUAAGAAAAGAGCAGGUGUUAUAUGUGUUAUUAUUUGGAUUGUUUCAAUGGGAUAUUGUGCAUAUAUUUAUGCUUUUAAAAAAGUUAUUGUAACAAAAGAGUGUAUGUUAAAUUUAACAGAUAUGUCAGAAUUUUAUUAUGAAUUUUUUAUGUUAUUUUUUUGUAUUUUGCCUGUUACAAGUUCUUUAAUCGUUAGUAUAUAUUUAUUUCGAUUAACAAGACAAAAACGUUGUUCACCAAUGGGUGUUCCAGGUACUGUUGAUGCUCCAACAUUUAAACAUAAAGCAAAAAGUCUUGUUUUUAUUUUUGCAACAACAGCCUGGACAUCAUUUAGUUUAUUACCAUAUAGAGUUUUUAAUAUAUCAAGAAAACAUUUUUUUGAAUGGUCUGAAUUACCAUGUGAUGUAAGAGAAACAGUUAAUUGGCUUGCAUGGUUUCUUCUUUAUUUACUUACCGCUAAUCCUAUAGUUAAUCCAUUGAUAACGGCAAUAAUUUAUGCACCAUAUCGUCGGGCAAUCAAGCGUUUUCUUUUUCAAUUUCCAGGAAGUAAUAAAUUUCAAUAUACAUCAUAUCGUGCCGAAACAACUGAUACAUCAUUUUUAUCAUUAAGAAGAAGUAGAAGUCGAUUUAGUGGUUCAAUGGAUAAUGAUAAUAAUAGUAAUAAAAAAAACCAGAAUAAUAAUGAUGUUAGAGUGAGCCUUAAUUCAUUUGACACAUCAUCAGGUGGUAAUAAAAGUUUAGAAGAUGGACAAGGACAAAAAAUAUUAAUGGCUCAUUUAUCAAAUAAGCAUACAAAAGAACGUUCCUCACUUGUGGUAAAUAAUAGUGUAAUAUCACGUAAUGAGGGAAUAAUUAAAGAUAAACCUUUUCGUUCCUCUACUUCUACUUAUUUUCUUCAACAACAAAAUCGAGGAUCAUCAUCACGACCAAAUAGUCAAAAUAAUGAAACAUCAUUAACAGAAGAAAAACAAACUCAAUUAUAA